GGGAAUCAUUGGGGCGUCGUCGUUUAUGAUCAAUCUUCCCGAUCACCCCGUCCCUCUUUUCCCCUUCCGUGCUCUUUCUUCUUUUCAUGUAAGUGACAACGCAAUAAGUUCCGGUCCUGAGAAGAGAAGUGGAGAGGAAGCAUUCUGAGGGUGUCGACCGAAGAAGGGGCGGGACAGAAGUAAGGGCAGCAGCGGAGCAGAUUCCGGUGACCGGACGGCUCAAACAAUGUCGAAGAAGAAGGUUUCCUCGACGAUGUCCUUGAAGGACUUUCACGGCGGCUCAAUUCCUUCUGAUCUUCCUCUGCCCUCUGCUCCCGGAGUUGUUGCGAAACCUGGUUCUGACCGUAGCCCAUCUGCAAACUGGGGAAACAAUCUGAUGCGGGCAGAUCUCCGACCACGGCCCAAGUCUUCAGGUGCAUCUCGUGGCUUUGAUGAGAAGGCAUCACUUCUUUCUCACCCAUCACCACCUAUAGGCCGAAACUUUGAUGAGGACGAGCGGAAACCACUAGAUGGGUUAUCUGCUCCACGGCGGACCAUUAGUGAUGAAAGCAUUCAGAGGUCUGCUGUUGUGGUUCAUCACGAAGUGAAGCUGGAUUACCCUUCCUCUGUGAGGGUACAUGAUAGACCACUGUCUAGUCCAGGCAUCCAGUCUCCCAGUCUAGGAACUGGAUUAAGGUCUGUGGCUGGUUCUGCUGGUAUUGAUCAGGCUGUUAAUAAUUCCAAAGCUUCAGUUGUUCUCAAUGGUCAAGGAGUGAACUACAAUCCACCCAAUGCAUGGGGAGUGAAGAAGGAAGUUAGUGAGUACGUUGCUCCAUCACCAUUGGGCACAAGUCCGAUUUCCAAGUUAGCUCAAGCAAGUGCCAUUGACAAAGUGUCCUCAGGGAUGUGGCAGUCGAAGAACCCUACUAACCUCUUGCCUCACUUGCUUUAUGCCAAGGACAAUGUUGUUGCACAGAGUGGGGGCAUGAUAGAGAGGGGUGGCUAUGAUCCUCCCCACGGUAUUCAAAAUGAAGCUGAUCUACUUACUGAAGAUAGAAACCGGGAGUUUGGGAGGGAGUAUCCUAGUUAUGGAAUAGAUCAGAGUCAUAGGCCAAGAGAAGAUAGAUAUCAGCUGCCACAGACUGUUCUUCCAGGAGGCUCUGAUCAAGUUAAACCAAAGCCUUAUCAAAGGUCUACAUCAUUGGAAACUUCCGGACUGGAGUAUAGACAGCCUGGUCAGGCUGAAAUGAUUCACGGAUUGCAUGGAGAAGCAAGUUCACCAAAACAAGGACCAAUUGGUGGCAAGACUAAUACCAGGCCAGCUGAGAAGCCAGUUGAGCGUCCAAAGCUGAACUUGAAGCCCCGCUCCCAACCUCUUGAACAAUCUGAAGGGAAUGCAGUGAGAGAACGGAAUUCGUUGUUUGGUGGUGCUCGGCCUCGUGAGCUGGUUCUCAAAGAAAGGGGCGUAGAUGACAUUGAAAUCAACAAGAUUGACCACCUCAGUCCUUCGCCUACGAGGGUUAACACCUUGAAGAUUGAAGUGAAGUCGGAGCACUUAGCUCCUGCUCCUCGACAGGGUCCCCCCACGAAGAGUGAGGUUCGUACUCCAACCAGCAGGGGUAGGACUGGAGGAAGGGAGUUUGAAAGGAAGGAUCAUCAGAAGGACCACAACGAGAAACCCGAACAAGAAAGGAAAAGCUGGCGGAACGACAACUGGAAAAGCAGCAACAAAGAGGUGGUUGUUAAUCAUAAUUAUAAAGAACAGCAGCGCCCUGAAACUGAAACAUGGCGCAAGCCAAUCGAAGAACGAAAUUCCAACACCUCACCAGAAGGCGUCGGUCAUGGCAAGUUGGUCUCGGCUUUAGAGCUCGCACAAGCUUUUUCAAAGUCGGUCUCAGUCUCGAAGAAAAACAGCGAACUGCGUUCACCACAUCGAGGAGGGCCGGUCAGGCAGCACAGCGACAAGAAUGGUAGUCAGGUACUGUUUUCCAGAUUGACAGAGACUCGUAGUGAACUCUACCCUGCACCAUCCACGGCUAGGCACCGGGUGAAUGGUUAUUAGAUAAGAGUACUCGAGAUCAUAUUAUUGGGAGUUUGUUGUGGAAGCCGGGGAUUUGGGGGUUUUUACUUCCUAGUUUAUUUUUUUUCCUCGUCGUCAUGAUUCGUUGCUAUUCUGUCAUAUCCUUAUGUGGCUCAAGAGCAGCAAAAGUCAUCAAUCCGACCCGCCCAAAACAGAUCGAACGGGUCAGAUAAAACGGGCCAGGUUGA